AUGACAGCCCUCCUCCCCCUCGACCUCUCCAAAAACCUCUCCCUCUUCACGGUCCCCGCGGCAUUCGGCCUCGCCCUCAUCCCGCACCUCUACGCCGUAGGCUCAGCCGGCUUCACCAUCUACGACAACUCCUACCCACGCGCCUACCGCGACACCCUGAUAAAAGACACGUCCAUUGACAAAGUCCGCAAGCAGCGCAUCCUCCGCGCAGAGGCGUGCUCCCUCAACGGCCUCGAGACCAUUGGCCUGUACGCCGCGUCCGUCAUUGUCGGCAACUACGCCCAGCUCGGUACAUCUACCCUCAACAGCCUGUCCAUCGGGUAUCUCGUGUCCCGGUGUGCCUACACCCUUUCCUACGUCUUCAUCCGGAACCGGAGACUGUCCUGGCUCAGGACGGCCAUCUGGCAGGUUACCGCUGCGUACAUUGUCAUGUUUUGGGUCAAGGCGGGAUAUAAGCUGCUAUAG